CACGAUCGCCGUUGUUCUCGUCAAACGAAGCUUGUUUCACUCACUUUCGGCUGGCUCCCACCCUUACUGGUGAUUCGUUUUGAGUCUGGUUAAGAGGACCGCCGGGUAGUACAGUCUUUCAGAUACUUUUAGCUGGUUGCUCCGAACGGUGGCGGUCGUUAGCAGAUUUAGUGACUGAGAUUUCUUUAACUCGGCCCAGUGAAGCGCAAUGAUUCGACCUAACUAAGAGUUGUAAUCGCGCCUUUCGCUCAGAUUGGUUCGUCGCACUCCUGAUACGAGCAAGCCACUAGCCAAAUAGAUAUGGCGGACCAGAUUUCAAUGGUUGCACAUUACGUUGGUCAUCCCAAUGCGCACCCAGCUCUCCUUCCCGGGGAGCCUCCUUCUCCUGCGCCGGAGGCGUCUCGGCCGAUCCGGGUUGCUCCAUCCAUUACGGAUAUUCCGGCCUCAGCUGCUGCUGUUGCUGAUGCUUCGCCAGCUGCCCCGGCGACACUUUUAACGCCGACUGCGCCGAAACCAUCAGCAGUAGCUUCAGCUGCGUUAAUGGGUUCCUCGACGGUGGCCCACUGCGUAGGCCCUCUGACAGAACCAGCCGCAACUGGAGUAGCAAAGGAAACAGUUGCUAGGACGAAUUCGGUGCCACGGCCCGUAUUAACAUCGGUGCCUCACGCAGCCAAGCCUGAGGCUGAAUUAGGUGCUACACUUGCAGCUGAAACAUCGAAGGAACCGGCUGCUAAAACGGACCCUCUGCCUCCCCUGCCAAUGUCAGAGCCUCCCACCGCUGAACCGAGACCGGUCGAGGCACCUACUGCGGAUGUCGAGGCUCCUCCAGCUACACCUGCUACGGUUGCGCCUGCACCAGCAGUAGCCCCAGCUGUGGCUGCUCCAGCCGAAGUCCCAGCUGUGGCUGCUCCAGCCGAAGUCCCAGCUGUGGCUGCUCCAGCCGAAGUCCCAGCUGUGGCUGCUCCAGCCGAAGUCCCAGCUGUGGCUGCUCCAGCCGAAGUCCCAGCUGUGGCUGCUCCAGCCGAAGUCCCAGCUGUGGCUGCUCCAGCCGAAGUCCCAGCUGUGGCUGCUCCAGCCGAAGUCCCAGCUGUGGCUGCUCCAGCCGAAGUCCCAGCUGUGGCUGCUCCAGCCGAAGUCCCAGCUGUGGCUGCUCCAGCCGAAGUCCCAGCUGUGGCUGCUCCAGCCGAAGUCCCAGCUGUGGCUGCUCCAGCCGAAGUCCCAGCUGUGGCUGCUCCAGCCGAAGUCCCAGCUGUGGCUGCUCCAGCCGAAGUCCCAGCUGUGGCUGCUCCAGCCGGUCCCAGCUGUGCUGCUCCAGCCGAAGUCCCAGCUGUGCCAGCUCCAGCCGAAGCCCCAGCUGUGCCAGCUCCAGCCGAAGCCCCAACUGCGCCAGCUCCAGCCGAAGCCCCAACUGCGCCAGCUCCAGCCGAAGCCCCAACUGCGCCAGCUCCAGCCGAAGCCCCAACUGCGCCCGCUCCAGCCGAAGCCCCAACUGCGCCCGCUCCAGCCGAAGCUCCAACUGCGCCCGCUCCAGCCGAAGCUCCAACUGCGCCCGCUCCAGCCGAAGCUCCAACUGCGCCCGCUCCAGCCGAAGCUCCAACUGCGCCCGCUCCAGCCGAAGCUCCAACUGCGCCCGCUCCAGCCGAAGCUCCAACUGCGCCCGCUCCAGCCGAAGCUCCAACUGCGCCCGCUCCAGCCGAAGCUCCAACUGCGCCCGCUCCAGCCGAAGCUCCAACUGCGCCCGCUCCAGCCGAAGCUCCAACUGCGCCCGCUCCAGCCGAAGCUCCAACUGCGCCCGCUCCAGCCGAAGCUCCAACUGCGCCCGCUCCAGCCGAAGCUCCAACUGCGCCCGCUCCAGCCGAAGCUCCAACUGCGCCCGCUCCAGCCGAAGCUCCAACUGCGCCUGCUCCAGCCGAAGCUCCAACUGCGCCUGCUCCAACCGAAGUGCCACCUACGCCUGCUCCAACCGAAGUGCCACCUAGCGCUGCUUUAGUAGAGACCCCGGCUGCACCUAUGGAAACGCUCGCUACCCCAACGGAGAUUCCAGCCGCUCUUGUAGCUCCCUCAGCUGCAUCCACUCUAGCCGAAACCCGUGCUACCUCUACAGAGGCUUCCGCCCUGCCGGCUAUACCCUCUCAGACUCUUCCAGGGACUAUCGCUGCCCAGGAAGAAGGCUCUGCUACUCCUGUAGAGGCACUACCUAUCAUACCAGUGGCCCCUCCAUUGGUAGAAGCAGCCCUAGCAGCGCCGGUCGAGACGCCCGCAGAAGGACCUGCGGCGCCUGUGCAGGUUAACAACGCCUCUAAUGAAGCUCCGGCCGCUAGUCCGGUUGCUUCAAACGAGGCUUCCGCUAUUCUUGCACCGCCUGCGGAGACCCCGAUCACACCAGUCGAAGCACCCACGGUCCCUGCUCCGGCGUCGACCGACCUUUGUGUUGACGAGAUCCGGCCGUGUGAAUCCGUCCCCAUCCCAACGUGUGACGUGAAUUCAUUUCCUCCGCCACCACCAUGUGACGCCCCAGAACCUUGUAUCGAGGUUGAAGUCACCUCAGUUGAAGAGAUCACUGAGGAAAAAAGCGUUUGUAAGGAACCUCCGCCGGAGCUUGUCGACGCUACCGAAAAUAGCCACGUAGAAAACGAGAGCGGUGGUGACACGCAAGACAACACGCAAAAGAAAGAUGGAGGAUCAACUGAGUAUAGUAUACACUCCCGGGCGGUGCCCACUGUACCUACAGCUGAACAACCGGUCAAGCCAACAACUAAACUAGCUAAGACGUGCCUCGAUGGAGUCAAUCCCGACCAUCUGCCUCCAACGCCGGCGGAUUCGACUCCUGCAUCCGAUUCACCCGUUGAGUCGCCGGUUCCCGACCAUCGAAGCAAUGAAGACGUCAAACAACUGCCGUCCCCUCAGCUUGAGCAACAGGUGGUUCCUACUGAUUUGUAACUUCUGCUCGUGCACGGGUUCGUUGCAGAUCGGGCCUAAGCUGCCCAGCCGGGCACUGAGUCAUAGUAACUAAUCGUAGUAAUCUGAUCUAUAUUAUAAUAAAUCGUAGAUGAGGGUGAACGUAA